GGAGGGAAACUCCUGCCCGGCUGCCCCUGUCCCCACCCAAGCUCGCGGACCAAAAUGACGUCCACCUCGCCGGAAUCCGCCGCCGCCGCCGGGGAAACCAACGAUCCCAUCCACAUCCGUCGCCUAGAUCUGUCCGACCACGAGACGGGCUUCGUAGCCCUCCUCUCCCAGCUCUCCGCCUGCCCGGAUCUCACUGCGUCCGAGUUCGCCACGCGCUUCGCCGAGCUCGCUGCGCAAGGUGACGACCACGUCAUCCUAGUGGCCGAGGACACCACCGCCCGGGAGCAGCGGAUUCGCGCCACGGGGUGCCUCUUCGUGGAGCGCAAGUUCCUGCGAGGCGGCGGCAAGGUGGGCCACGUUGAGGACGUGGUGGUCGAUGCCGCCUCGCGCGGCAGGGGGCUCGGGCUCCGCAUCGUGCGCCGCCUCGUCGAGAUCGCCAGGGACGCCGGCUGCUACAAGAUCAUCCUAGACUGCACUCCUGAGCUGCGCGCCUACUACGCCAAGUGCGGGUUUGUGGAAAAGGGGGUUCAGAUGGCCGUCUACUUCUGAACCUCAACCAGACUUCCAGAGGGAUUCAUUGCUGAGGGAUAGGCAAUUGGGCAUAUGCGCUCGUUCUGCUCUGGAGACCCGCCCCAAAGUUUCUGAUUUCAGCAUGGCAGCAUGCGUAUUUUUACUGAUGUUUUUGACCAUUGAGAAGCUUCCUUGGAGAUUUUAGUUCUCCAUGAGAACAAUAUUUUUUCAAAACUUAUCACCUAUCAGACCCGCUAGUAUUAUAUUAUUAGGAGGUCACUGUGAAAUGCUUCCCCCUUUCUACCCAGAUGUGUUUGUAUCAGAAUAUCAGGCGUUAAAUAUCACGCCUUGGGUCGGGAAAGCUCAUGGUGCUGGCAUGUUGUCACCGAUCAGGAGAUCAGAUCAUAACAGCAAAAAGAAUAAUAGAUGAGAUAGUAGCAGUUGCAGUAGUA